UAAUUAAACUUUGAGACCCCAACACAUGAAAUCUCUUCCAUCUCAUUUCUCCCAUCAUUUUCACAAUGGUUGUACCACCACCACCCAACUCGGCCAAGUCCUCCUCCGCUGCGGCCGCCUCCACUAGAAUCCCCACCAUCGAUCUCUCCUCCAUCACCACCAACCGACAAGCCCUCUCCAAGCUUAUCGUUGAGGCUUGCGAAAAAUAUGGCUUCUUCAAGCUCAUCAACCAUGGAAUCCCUCAGGAUUCUGUUUCAAGAGUUGAAGAAGAAGCCAUCUCAUUCUUCGCGAUGCCCACCGCUGAAAAGCUCGCCACCAGCUCUCAAAAUGCUCCUCCCAUCAACUCCACCACUCGUAUCGGCUACGGCAUCAGAAACAUCGGGUGCAGCGGUGACAUGGGAGAGAUUGAAUAUCUUCUUCUUUCUGCUCGACCUUCCUCUGUUUCUCAACUCGCUCUCUCCCUCUCCAAAAACCCAUCAAACUUCAGUCGUGUUUUGAAUGGUUACAUCCAAGAAAUAAAAGAUGUGGCAUGUGAGCUCCUUGAUCUAAUGGCUGAGGGGUUGGGGAUUUCAGAUACAUCCAUUUUCAGCCGUAUGAUCUUAGACGAUCAUAAUGUCUCACUUUUUAGAAUCAAUCGCUACCGUCCAUUUCCUGACGACAUCAUCAAUCACCCACCGCCCAAUACCAUUGGCUUCAGCGAGCAUACUGACCCUCAGAUCUUCACCAUCCUAAGAUCCAACGAUGUCGGUGGCUUCCACAUCUCAGUGAAUGAUGGCUCGUGGGUCCCCGUCUCUCCUGACCCCACUGCCUACUUCAUCAUCAUUGGUGAUCUUUUCCAGGUAUUGACAAAUGGAAGGUUUGUGAACGUAAAGCAUAGGGUAGCGACCAACAUAGAGCCAAAGCCAAGAAUGUCAAUGGCAUAUUUUGCAGCACCGUCUUUAAAUGCAUUGAUCUCUCCUCUAAAAGAAAUGGUGACUUCUAACCAACCAUGCCUUUAUAAGCCUUUCACUUGGGGUGAAUAUAGGGCUCACAUUUAUUCACUCCCCUUAGCUUCUUCAAAACUCGACUUCGUCAAGAUUAAACCUAAUUAGUCAUACGUUACAUUAUCUUACAUGUCGAUAUAAUAAAUAAUAAAAAAUCUUAUAUCAUAUAUAAGAAUAUAUUGAAAUAAUUAAGGCAUUUGGGCGAUGUUUUGUGUGUAUAAUGUCCUAUCUAGUCAAUGUUAAAUGUUUAUUUUCUCGUAGUAUAUAAAUAUGAGAAGAAGAGGAAAAAAAAAAAGAUGUAUUUUGAUAAUAGAAAAUUAAUAUUGUUGUAUGAUAUACAUAUGAGAAAGAAAAAAAAAAGGAUGUAAUGAUAAUAGAAAAAAAUAGUAUAUGUGUGUAUUUGGGAAAACAAAUUUGAAUGAUGAAAAUUAUAUGAGUGUUUAUUA